AGUAGGGAGCGAUAUUUUACCGUCAAAAGCCACAAGGAAGUGACCGACUCUCCAGCAGCAGACUGCUGUCAAGAUGGCACCGAGUGGGCUGAAAGCGGUAGUCGGGGAAAAAAUCCUUAAUGGGGUCAUCAAGAGUGUAAAGAAGGAUGGAGAAUGGAAGGUUCUUAUUGUGGAUCACAUGAGCAUGCGGAUUCUGUCCUCAUGCUGCAAGAUGUCUGACAUUUUGGCAGAGGGCGUGACCAUUGUGGAGGACAUCAAUAAACGCAGGGAGCCCAUCUCCAGUUUGGAGGCCAUUUAUUUGAUUUCACCAGUGCAGAAGUCAGUUGAGGCGCUCAUUAACGACUUCAAAGACAUGGCCUUUACUUACAAAGCGGCACACAUCUUCUUCACUGACACAUGCCCAGACAGUCUCUUCGCAGCGAUAGGAAAAUCCAGAGUUGCCAAGGUCGUCAAGACUUUAAAAGAGAUCAGCGUUGCUUUCCUGCCAUAUGAGUCUCAGGUAUUCUCCCUGGAUGACCCCACCUGCUUAUACUCCUUCUACAGCACUAAGCCAAAUGAACAAAAGCAAAAAACUAUCGAAAAUUUGGCAGAGCAGAUCGCAACCCUGUGUGACACCCUGAAGGAGUACCCUUCCGUUCGUUACCGCAAGGGACCAGAGGAGAAUGCUAAAUUAGCUGAAGAGGUCUGCCAUCGCCUUACUGCUCACAAAGCUGAAAACCCAAGCAUGGGAGAGGGUCCCGAUAAGGCUCGAUCUCAACUACUGAUAGUUGAUCGCGGGUUUGAUCCCAUCUCGCCUAUCCUACAUGAGUUGACCUUCCAAGCAAUGGCUUACGAUUUGCUUGAUAUCAAACAGGACAUCUACACUUAUCAGACAACUGGCAUCGGGAACUCAAAGGAGAGAGAAGUGCUACUGGAUGAAGACGAUGAGCUCUGGGUUCAGCUCAGACACAUGCACAUCGCAGAUGUCACGAAGAAAGUGACCGAUCUUCUUCGCACCUUUUGUGAGAGCAAAAGAAUGUGCACUGACAAUGCCAACUUAAAAGAUCUUUCUCAGAUGUUAAAGAAGAUGCCGCAGUAUCAGAAGGAGCUGAGCAUGUACUCAACCCACUUGCACCUGGCUGAAGCCUGUAUGAAGAAAUUCAAAGCCUCUCUUGAUAAACUUUGUGAGGUGGAGCAGGACCUGGCAAUGGGAGCAAAUGCAGAAGGGGAACCUUUGAAAGAUGCCAUGAAGAGCAUUGUGCCUGUGCUCCUCAACAACGAGAUUGAGAUCUACGACAAAAUCCGCAUCAUACUGCUGUACAUAUUCCACAAGAAAAAUGGCAUCGGAGAGGAGAACCUCAAUAAGCUCAUCCAGCAUGCGAACAUACAGAACGACAGCAGCAUUAUCACCAACAUGCAGAACUUGGGCUGUAAUAUUAUAUCUGGGGGCCGCAACGCUGGGAAAACCCUGUUAGAGCGUAAGGAGCGCACAGAGAGCACGUACCAGCUGUCUAGAUGGACACCCAUCAUCAAGGACAUCAUGGAGAAUGCCAUAGAUGACAAACUGGACAGAAAGCAGUGGCCUUUCAUUACUGAUCCUGUUCCCAUCAACACGACUCAGACCACAGUCAGCAGUGCACGGUUUGGACACUGGCACAAAAAUAAAUCUCCGACAGAGUAUCGCUCUGGCCCCCGGCUCAUUAUUUUUGUGAUUGGCGGCAUGUCACACUCAGAGAUGCGUUCUGCUUAUGAAGUCACUCGAGCCACUGAUGGGAAAUGGGAAGUCCUGAUUGGGUCAUCUCACAUCCUAACUCCAACCAGCUUCCUCAACGACCUGAAGAGUCUGGACCAAGUACCCAAUCCCGAUCUGUUAAAUAAAUAGACCUUCAGCAGGGAAGAUCCCACUGGAAGGAUUUAGUCUUUCUUUUGAGAUGGUUGUUUGCUGUAUAGCAUCUUCCAACAUCUGAAGUGUGACGUGAAGAGAAACUUAAAUAAACUGUAGCCAUUUGUGAUUAAUUAUUUUAUUUAGAAUGGUCUUUUUAUUGUGAAUCGGGUUCUGUAUACUGCUGUGAUUGACAUAUUUAAUUAGACAUUGAUAAUAUAUUGAUUAUUAUGCUAUUGUGAUUCUACUGUUCUGGUUCAGAUUGUAUUUUUGUUGCUAUUGUUUGCUUUUGUUCUCAGAAAUUCCUGCAAAACUAGACUCAUCUCACAUCGAAGGCUGUAUUUAAGAAUAGAAUGGAAGGUUGGAAGAAGCUCUGUAGAAGUAUAUAUUGCAUAUUCAGUGACAGUAAAGCAGAUAACAUUUCUCUGUUGGUACCUUUUUUUCUGUCAUCUGGGAAAUUUCAUCUCGGACAAAAUGUCUAAACUGCUGUGUUAUUAACUCUUGCUCAUUUAUCAUGUACUUGAAUGUAUUGCUGCAAGCAAGUGUGGUGGUUGUUUAUUUUUCUUAAAAAUGAGUAAUAAAAGAAACAUAAUAUUCACUUUAAA